GAGCAGCAGCAACAGGUGUCAUCCACAGACAAGCUCAAGAUUAAGAGCAGCAGGCCGUGACGUCACACCUUAUCAACAACAAUGGCGCGUCACUUCAAGGAGCAGGAUAUUGAUGAGUUCCGUGAGUGCUUCUCUCUGUACGCGCGUCAUGGCACCAUCCGCACUCUCGACCAGCUGACAGUCAUCAUGCGUUCCCUUGGUCUCAGCCCCACUAUUGCCGAGCUCAAGACCUACUUCAAGGACAAGGGAGGCAAGUUGAGCUUCCCGGACUUCCUGGAGGUGAUGCACAAGCACAGCCAGGUGGAGCACAUCCCAGAGGAGAUCCUGGCGGCCUUCCAGGGACAUGACCCACGCCGCACCGGGGCCAUUCCUGCCCGGGAGCUGCGCCACAUCCUGCUGCACUGGGGGGAGAGACUCAGCCACAAGGAAGUGGAGCAAAUCUUCCGGGAGGCCAACAUCUCACCAAACGGCAUGGUGCGCUACCAAGACUUCUGCCGCAUUGUGUGUGCCCCAGUGCCUGACUACUACUAGCCCUGCCCCCUCCUGGCACCACCCCACCCUGGCCUGGCACCCCUAACUUAAUCUAACCUUAUCUUACAAAUACCUUACCUUAUCUAACCUAUUCUUAUUUUACCUUACUUAACCUAACCUUACCUAACCUCUGACAUCUACUUCAUCACCCAUGUCACUACAGAAACACCCCUAACCUAACAUAACCUAACCUAACCUAACCUAACCUAACCUAACCUAACAUAACCUAACCUAACCUAACCUAACCUAACCUAACCUAACCUAACAUAACCAAACCUAACCUAACCUAACCUAACCUAACCUAACUUAACCUAGCAUCUUUGACGUAAUCUAACUUAACCUAACCCACUUCCUUCUUAAGUCUCCACAUAAACAGUGCCUUAUGUAACACAACACUUUUUCUUCUUAAUGAGCCACAGUAGAGGGUCUUAGGGUCACAUGCCAGGAAGGUCAAGAAAACUGGGUCACUUAUGAGGUGAAUUGGCUCAUGCAAGGUCACAGCAAGAGAUCAUCUGAGGUCACAGGUCACUUCUUGGAGGGCGUGUCAGGGUAGGUCGCCUGUGUUGUGUUGUGUAGCGGUGUUGAAAGUUGUUGGGAUUUUGUUGGCGUUGUUGUUGUUGGUGUGGUAAUGUUUCCUUUAAAAGGUAAUGUUCCUUUUAGUAUUUUGUCUCUUCUUUUUUUCUCAAUUUAAUUACUUUCCAUCUUUCUUUAAUGUUCUAUUUUCUUACAUUUUCUCUUCUCUCUUCUAUUCUUAUUAUUUUUUCCCUCUUCAUUCAUCUCAUCAAUAUUCUUCUUCCAUUUUCUUUCCUUCCCUUCUUUUUCCUCUAGUUCUCCCAUUACUAUCUUUGCACCAUUCCUUUCUAUCUCCUUCAGUUCAUUUCAUUAUCUUUACCUUCCAAGUAUAUGUGUGUAUGUAUCUAUAUAUGUAUGUAUGUGUGUAUCAGUAAGUGCCUCUAUGCUGCCUUACACAACAGUAAUCUGGGUAAGGUUGGCUCAGUAAGGUUAUUGAUUCACGAAGAGCUGGGCUGCUAGUGAUGCUGAAGUCAUUUUGUCAAGAGCAGGCUAAGAUGUAAGUGUCUGGCAGCUGGUGUGAUGAAAGAAAGAGGUUGAUUCUAAGCUUUAUUUAGUGUAGAGAAGGUUAAAGAGUUUUGGUUUAAUGUACGAUGGUUCUUGUACACUAAAGUUAAAGAGUUUUGGUGUAAUGUAUGAUGGUUCUUGUACUUAAGUUAAAGAGUUUUGGUUUAAUGUACAAUGGUUCUUGUACACUAAAGUUAAAGAGUUUUGGUGUGAUGUAUGAUGGUUCUUGUACACUAAAGUUAAAGAGUUUUGUUAUAAUGUACGAUGGCUCUGGUACGCUAAAGUUAAAGAGUUUUGGUGUAACGUACGAUAAUUUUUGUACACUAAAAACUUACAAACUCCAUUGUCAUUGUGGAAUUAUUUAUAAAGAGCUAGUUAGAUUAGAAGAACAAUCUAAUUAUAUUUCAAGAUAGCAAGAAGUUAAAGAGUGUUGAUGUGGAGUACGAUGAUUUUUGUACACCAAGAACAUUCCAACUCCCUCUGUUUUCAUUAUUUAUAAAGAGUUAUAAAGAGUUACCAGUAGUUAGAUUAGAAAGAGAAUCCAACCCUAUUUAUACAUUAAGAUAACAGAAAGUAGAAGUUAAGGAGUUUUUCGGCAACUGUACGAUGAUUUGUAUGAUAAUAAUAACACUCCAACUCCAUUUUUGCCUGUGGGUUUUUUGAAGAGUUGGAUCAGACUAGAAGAAUAAUUUAACUCCAUUUAUAUAUUAAGGUAACGGAGAAGAGAAGUUAAAGAGUUUUUAUGGACUGUACGAUGAUUCUUGUACACUAAAGCAGGACAUUCCAACACCACUUACUGUUUUUUUUGUGGAAUUAUAAUGAAAAGACUAGAAAGAGUAACCAAGAGCACAAGUUAGAGAGUUUUCAUCGAACGUACAACGAUUUUUUGUACAAUAGCAAUGACAUCCCAACUCCAUUUAAUUUCUUUGUGGAAUCAUUCAGAGUUAAUUAGAUAAGAACACCCCCAGCUCUGUUUCCAUAUUAAGAUAAGAAAAGAGUGAAAGUUAAAGAAUUUCCAGCAAAGGUACGAUGACUUUUGUACAACAGAAACUGAGACAUUCCAAGAAAACAUUCCACUUGAUUGAAUAUAUGAUAAUCUUUCCUC